AUGGCGACCCCGGAAAAGAUAUGGAGGGUGGCUGGCCCUCUGUCCACUUUAGCUGCUUUAAGUGGGGGAAUUUUCUUGCUAAGAAACUACUUUGGUGGUGGGGUAUGCAACUGCAAAGCGAAACUAGAAGGUAAGACAGUAAUCGUGACCGGAGCAAACACAGGAAUCGGACGAGAAACAGCUUUGGAUCUUGCAGGCAGGGGUGCCCGAGUAAUUUUGGCUUGCAGAAAUAUAUCGAAAGCUGACGUAGCGGCCAAGGAUAUACAGAACAAGACCGGAAACAGCAAAGUCAUCGUAAAAGAACUUGACCUGGCUUCGUUGAGGUCAGUGAGGAAAUUUGCUUCUGAAAUCAAUGAAAGUGAAGAAAGAUUAGACAUUCUUGUAAAUAAUGCAGGAAUCAUGAGAUGCCCCUACGGGACAACUGAAGACGGCUUCGAAAUGCAGUUAGGUGUCAACCAUCUGGGCCACUUUCUUCUCACAAAUCUCCUCCUAGAUAAGCUGCAGAAAUCACAGCCAAGUCGUAUCAUCAAUGUCAGUUCCUUGGCCCACACUAGAGGUAAAAUUUGCUUUGAUGAUUUGCAAAGCAAAAGGGAGUAUAGCCCAGGCCCUGCCUAUGCUCAGAGCAAACUCGCUAAUGUGCUGUUCACUCGCGAACUGAGUAAAAAAUUGGACAGCACUGACAUUACAGUUACUGCUGUCCAUCCCGGUGUUGUGAAAACUGAAUUAGGUCGGCACUUGUCCUUGUCAAAGUCCUAUUUAGCCAGGUUUUCUCUUGCACCAAUUGUGUGGCUGGUUUUCAAGACCCCCCGUCAAGGUGCUCAGACCACAAUUCAUUGUGCAGUAGCUGAUGACAUUGAGUCUGGAGUGUAUUACAGUGACUGCAAAUCUAAGGAUCCAGCUGAACAAGCAAAAGAUGAUGGUGUUGCCAAGAAACUGUGGGAAAUUAGUACAGCUUUGGUUGGACUAGAAGGAACUGUUUGA